UUCAUUUUUUGAUUUCAUAACUGCAUGUAAUGAUUUUCAAUGACUGAAUACCUUGAAGAUAAUGAUUUUCAUUUGAAAACGUUUGUAAUAUAUUUCAAUCAAUCGAUUGUUCUUGAAAACGUCAACGUAGAGGGAAUGUCUAUGGUUUCAAUUUAAUAUUUAAAAUUUUAGAUAAUCUUGCUCUGGAGAAGAUUCAAAAAGAUACAUAGGUAUCUGAAUACAUAUUACAUAUUGAAAUACAUAUUGGAAAAUGGUUAUCAAAAGAUCGAAAAAAAUUGGGAAAAAACCCAAAGGAGGUUUCAAUGCGUCUAAGAAAAUUAAACCAGAUAUUUCCAAUUCGACAAAUCCUCAACCGAAAGUACCUCCGCCGUUCGAAAAUGUUAACAAUGACAAUUUGAAUUACAAUGUUGUUGAAGAUGCGGAAGUUAAUUCUGUAAGGGAUAGGAGUAUAAUCAGGGGAACGCGAAGUCAGAAUGAUUUGAGAUUUAGUUUAGAGUCACGCAAUCAUCAAUGCACAACAAACGCGGCAGUGGCAGUAGCAUAUAGUAAAGUAUUUCCAUUCAGUUCAUGGGAUACCAUAAUAAUUGAUAAUAUUCUCGAUUAUGGAGAUCAGCUUUAUAAAAAAUCCGUAGCAAUGCGAACGUCACAAAAUGCACCUGAUCUAUUCGUUGUAGAGGUGUAUCCAAAUUUCAUUAUUGCGAACGUAUUUUAUUCAUUACGAGUAAAUGAGAUGGAUUCGGUGACGGGGUUUGUAGGAUUAGGAAGACGAGGAGAAAUAGAUGUACCCUUAGCACAAGGCAUUGAGAGAAUUUUUCAAAAUUUCGAAUGUGCUAUUUUUACGUGUGGUCUUUUGUCGACUGGCCUGGCUAAAGUCGGAAAUUCCAUUUAUUUAUUUGAUUCCCACAGUCGCGAUAAUAAUGGAAUGGGUAUUGAAGAAGACGGUAAGGCCUGUUUACUUAAAUUUUCAAACGACCAAGAUUUGCUUAACUUCAUGUUGCAAAACUAUAACAACGAUUAUUUAUAUACCUUAGUCCCAGUUCGAGUAGAAAUUGGUUCCGUCGGUGAUUUAUCUGAUGUAGUUGAUUUUCAUACGUUGACAUUAUAUGAAAACCAGAACUCCAGUGUCGUUCGAUCACAAAAAUUUCGAACUAAAAAUAUUUCUACAUUUAGAAAAACAAAUCAGGUGACAACUGAGCCAGAUAUGGAUUGUUCUUCUUCGGCGUUCCCAGGAAAAACCAUAGGUAUUACUUCCCAUUACCUGGGUCCAAUGAAUCGAACAUGUUCGUUCUGCGACGCCCUUUUCUUUAAUAAAGAAUACAUGACAUGCUGCAAUAAAGGCGCUAUCAAACUUCCGGAACAGUCCGUCUAUCCAGAUUUAUUGAAGGCUUUAAUAACGGAUGCGCAUCCUCAGUCAAGUAACUUCAUCAAAAAUAUUCGAAGGUACAACCAUAGACUUAUUAUCCUAAGGAGACGAAACAUCCCCGUACUGGGACUCGCUUUGUUGUGA